AUGCAUUUCAAGUUCAUUCUACCCGCUUUUCUCCUCACCUCCUCAACUCUUGCCACGGAACUCCGCUUGCUGAAACGGGACGCGUGCUCGUCAGAAGGGUACGAAGACUGCUAUGCAGACUGCAUGCCAGUCGGUGCUGUUUGCUGUUCCGAUGGAAGCGGCACCUACUGCAACUCCGGAUACGCAUGUGUCACCGACGGCUGUUGUCCAGAAGGAGAAACUUGCGUGGGUGGUGGAGGUACAUCAACCUACACGGACUACAUCUCUGAAGAAACGACAUCCGCAGACAUUGGAAGCUAUUCCACCAGUUCAGUUGUCUAUGUGGGAAAUCCUUAUACCACGUCCCCUGCCAAUGCGAUCAACUAUGAUACUACCUCUGCCAAUGUGGUCAGCCCUGAUACUACCUCAGCCGCCGCUGUCGGAAACUUUGCUACUAGUACUACAAUGACUUCUUCGUCUGUGAGCCAAGAGACUACUGCUAGUACUCUCUGCCUUGUUCUGGGAACUUUUAUGCAGGCCAUCCUUGUCUAA